UUUCAUGUAAAUACUGUGGUAUACAAUGAAGGUUGGGUGAUGAAGGCUCUUCUGGCUAAAUGUUGAUCAAUUGUGUUAUGUUGCCCUCUUUUAAUAAUCUACACAUCUCCCAAUUAUGACACUUUGAUGCGGAUUCACAGACAAAACUUCAGCAAACUCCAGACUAAAAUGCAUAUUUGUGCUGUCUUAACUAAAAAGAACUUACACUUACUGAUCUUAAAAUAUUUAUGUGCCAUUGUUUUGUGUCGUGCACACCAGUAGACUCCUGAGACACAUUAAAACUAAACGCUGCUUAGAUGUUUGUUUUAAUGCAUUCAUUAAAAAUGUGUAUAAUCAAUGAUCUGUAGUUUAAACUUCUAUUUACUUUUUUAUUCCAAAUGUGAAUUGUAUGUGUAAAUAUCUCACCACUAGAGGACAAACACUCACACUGGCUUAGAUGUUGAAUCAGAGGGAUUUGAUCUGUUAUUCUCUUAUUUCACAACUAAAUUUAACUCAUUUAUGCCUUAAUGGCAGAGCAUUUUCACAAAGGUUUGGCUAAUCGAGACUGUGACUUUCUGUAUGAGACUGACAUCUAGUGGACUUGUUUAUUAUAUGACUGACAUACCUGUUUGCACACGUUGCAUAAACACAACCAGGAAAUACUUUGAGUUCAGGGAAACUGAAAGUGAUUUCGGGCUGUUGUGUGUUUAGUUUUAUUGUUUGUAAGUAAAUACGGUGAAAUGGCAGAAGCCAGUAUUUCAGUGAUUCAGGAUCAGUUCAUCUGUUCAAUCUGUCUGGAUCUACUGAAGGAUCCAGUGACCAUUCCCUGUGGACACAGUUACUGUAUGAGCUGUAUUACAGGCUACUGGGAUCAAGAUGAUCAGAAGAGAAACUACAGCUGCCCUCAGUGCAGACAGACCUUCACUACAAGACCUGUUUUAAAUAAAAACACCAUGCUGGCUGAAGUGGUGGAGAUACUGAAGAAGACAAAACUCCAGACUGAUCGACCUUCUCUCAGUUAUGCUGAAGUUGAAGAUGUGAAGUUUGACGUCUGUACUGAGAGAAAACACAAAGCUGUCAAGUCCUGUCUGAAAGAACUGAAGGAGACGCAGAGAAAAUACCAGCAGAGAAUCCAGGAGAGCCAGAAGAAGCUUCAGGAGCUGAGAGAUGCUGUGAAGACUCAUAAGCGCUCUGCACAGACAGCAGUGGACGACACUGAGAGGAUCUUUACUCAACUGAUCCAAACCAUUGAGAGAAGACGAUCUGAGGUGACACAGCUGAUCAGAGAUCAGGAAAAGACUGCAGUGAGUGAAGCUAAAGGACUCUUGAAGCGACUGGAGCAGGAGAUUGAUGAUCUGAGGAGGAGAGACGCUGAGCUGGAGCAGCUUUCAAACACAGAUGAUCACAUCCAUUUCCUCCAGAGUUUUCAGUCUCUCUCUGUUCCUCCUGGAUCUUCAGACUCACUCAGCAUCACUGUCAGCUCUCUCAUCUCUUUUGAUGAUGUAGGAAAAUCUUUGUCUCAUCUGAGAGAGAAACUGGAGGAUUUCUGUAGAGAAGAGAUAGAGAAGAUUUGUGAUAAAGUUUUUCGUGAACCUGAGACCAGGGAGCAGUUCCUAAAAUAUUAUCAUCACUUCACUGCAGAUCCAAAAACAGCACAUAAACGUCUCUGUCUGUCUGAGGGGAACAGAGUGAUUACUAAAACUGACACAGUCCAGCCUUAUCCUGAUCAUCCAGACAGAUUUGAUGUUUGUCGUCAGGUGUUGUGUAGUGAGAGUGUGAGUGGACGCUGUUACUGGGAGGUUGAGUGGAGUGGUGUGGUGUUUAUAUCAGUGUCAUAUAAGAGCAUCAGCAGGAAGGGACGGGGUGAUGAGUGUUGGUUUGGACGUAAUGAUCAGUCCUGGAGAUUGCGCUGCUCUGACUUCAGUUGUUUAUUCCUGCACAAUAACAUCGAGACUGAACUCCCUGUAGUGUCCAGAUCUUCUAGAAUAGGAGUUUAUGUGGAUCACAGUUCAGGAUCUCUGUCCUUCUACAGCGUCUCUGACACAAUGACCCUCAUCCACAGAGUCAACACCACAUUCACUAAACCUCUCUAUCCUGGGUUUAAUGUUCGUGGAUCAGUAAAACUGUGUGAUAUUUAAGUAAUAUCGCUCGAGUAAGAAUGUGAUAUAGCUCUAUAUCAUCACGGCUGUGAUUAGGCCAGAGGCACGAGGCCGUAGGCAAUCACAGCCGUGAUGAUAUAGAGCUAUAUCACACGACUCCGAGAGCGAUAUUGCUUUUAUACAACAGUUCGACGGCACACGUUUGAAAAACGAAAACUAGAAUACAACAACGGAGUUAUUUUAAAAGCCUCUUUCUUUGGGAACUACUUCUUCCGCCACGGAUUUGAGGGCGGCCAGAAUGACAGGUAAAACUUUCGGCUGCUUUGAAGCUCAUAAUAACUCAAUGGACGGAAAAGCCGUUACUUUAUAUUACCGUUUCUUGGUCACAAAGUGUAGUUUUAAGAUUAGUUCAGUCGAGAAUGUAUAUGUAUUAUAUUUAAAUCUGAAGUCGAUUAGUAAAGAUAGCGCCUGUUUGAACGUUUGCUUAGUGAGAUUCGGUACGAAUGAGAACCAAAGCAUGAGCGGACGUCAGUGUUCACUCGCCCAGCUGACCACCGCCCUCUCUGGGCUACAUCUCUGACAUGGAUUCCCUGGCUCUCAUGUUGGCCUUGUUUGUUUAUGAUCGUCAAAAUGAGAUCAAAUCAGCAGUAUUUGGUGUCAUGAUCAAACUAUUAGCCUACUUGUUUUUUAUUCAUAUUUAGUGUCUUUUGUGUUGUUAUUGUUUUGGCGCAAGGUAAAAGUUAAUAAAACUAUAAUUGUAUAACGUUACUAUUGCUUUCUUAUUUAUUCUUAACGCGAUACGAUCACUCGAUUAUUAUUAUUAAACUUUGUUGUCAGUACUAUACAAAACGGUGUCAGAGAGAUGUUUUUGCAUGCUGCUUAUAAAUAUACCAGUGGCGAUAUCUCAUAACAUGUUUUAAUAGUCACGUCACGAUAAAGUAAAUGAUCAAUGUCCACAUUUAAAAGCUGCGGUGCUAACCUGCAGUUCCACUGUGUUUUCGCGUUCUGAUAAAAGAUAUAGCUCCAGAAAAAAACGAGUGUUUAUAUUCCUCUUUCCAAGUGUUAAUCGUCCACACGAUGUGACAAUACAUUUCUCCCAUUAACUUUAACGUAACAUCCAAGAGCGCUGAUCUUUGACGGAAUAAUAACCGAUUGGCGAUUCACAGACUGAUUUAUGAGCUAGUGAACUAAUGAGACACACGGAGAGUGAUUCAAAACAGCGCGUCUGUGUUUUUCCAUUCAGAGAUGAGCCUGCUUAGGACCUCCAUUCACUAGGUGGCGGAAUAAUACGGAAGGUGAAGCGGUUACAGUGCCGUUAUCAGCACAAUAUCGCAUAGCUCUUAGCCAAUCAGAUUCGAGAACCAGAAAGAACUGUUGUAUAAAACAAUAUAGAUGAUACAGAGAGUCUACAAAUAAUUUCUUAAUGAAGUCUGAACAUGAUGAAUCAACAACAAAGAAAUAAUAAGUAUUUCAUUUUCUAAUCAGCAAUUUCAAAUAAUUGAUUGUAAUGUUAUAUUUUAAUAAUUGUAUUUUGUCCUGUCAAACAGAAGUAGCUGUUCAGUAAUUAUUCACAGUUAAUAUUAUUCAUCUACAGCCGUGCAUUCUUUUAUGUGUAGAAACCACUAUAAAUAAAAUGUUGUACAAGCCACUAAAAUGUAUGGGUCUGAAUUAGAAAUUAAUCUCAAAUCACUUAUUUUUAAGACAAACAUUUAAUUUUGACAUUUAGUUUGACAUAAGUUUAAUCCAAAG